AUGCCAUUAUUAAGGCAUGUAAAAUAUUAUAAAAUACGUAAGAAUCCACUGGAAGAACUUCAAGAAAAAGAUUUUAAAUCGAAAUACAGAUUUUCUCGAUCUACUACAUCUUUUAUCAUCGACAUGGUGAAAAAUGACCUAGCUGGUGAUUCAAGAGGUGGCUUUAUACCACCCCAUUUGAAAGUUUUGGCAGCAAUUAGAACAUGGGCCCGUGAAGAGUUUCAAGAUGAUGCAGGAGAUAUUAGUGGAAUAAGUCAGCCAACAAUAUCACUUAUAUGCAAACAAGUUGCCUUGGCUAUAGUUGCUCAAAGAGCUCAGUGGAUUAAAAUGCCACAAACAGAUGCAGAGCAGAAUAAUGUGAUUGCUGGUUUUUAUUCAUUGUGUGGGUUUCGACAAGUGAUUGGAGCUAUUGACUGCACACAUAUUCGAAUUCCAAAAGUCGGUGGAGAUGUUGGACAGUACUAUAUAUAUAGGAAAGGAUAUAGUUCAAUAAAUGUGCAAGUUGUGGCAAAUGCUAAUUUGGAAAUUAUGGAUUAUAUAGUUGCUCAUUGGCGAGGCAGUACACAUGACUCUAAAAUAUUUAAUGAAAGUAGCUUGAAACAAAGAUUUGAGAGAUCGGAAUUUAAGGGCAGACUUUUAGGAGAUUCUGGAUAUGCUUGUACACCUUAUUUAUUUACUCCUGUCCUUCGCCCUACUACAGAAAAGGAAGAAAUGUAUAACAAGGCACACAUAAGGACCCGUAAUGUAGUGGAAAGAUGCUUUGGAGUAUGGAAGCAAAGGUUUCAGUGUUUGCUGAGAGGAUUUUCCACAAAAUUGGAAAACACAAUAUUAUAUAUUGUUACAUUGGCUGUACUGCACAAUAUUGCAAUGCACAGGCAAGAUCUAGAAGAAGGUGAAGCAAGUGAUGACACUGUCCCAGUGACUCCAGCAAUCAACACCUCUCUUAGAGGAAAUUCUGUACGAGCAGCCUUUAUUAAUGAGAAUUAAAAAAAAAAUAUUAAAAUUAUUAUAUGCAUAUUAAUAUUAGCCCUUUGGCGCAAAUAAAAGUUUUAAAUUUACAAUAUUUUUUAUUUUAAACUUAUCUUACAAAAAUCAUAAAAGAGUACUUGCUAACUCUAACAUUUACUUGAUAGAUAUCUUGAUAGUAAUGUGAAACACGAUAGACGAAUUCUUGAGAUAAACUUGCUUUAUUAUAAUUUGAUAGGUGUGCACACUUAUUUAGUAGCGAACGUGAUUAUUUAAUGAAUGAAAAGGGGUACUUAUUGACUAAUUAUAACACUUUUAUAUAAACUAAAUGCUGCUGGGGCAAAUGAUGAAUAUGAUGCAUGUGCAAUUUACUUGUACAUAUUCCG